UCCUCCUUCCAACCAUCUUCCUCCCCAAAAUUUCCACCUGCCUCGCCAGAUCCUCCGGGCUCCACCGCCGCCGCCGCCGCCAUGUGGAGGGGCGGCGCGACCGCCGCCUCCGCCGCAAGGGCUCUCCGCUCGCGCGUGUUCCCCGACACGAACCCCCACCAUGCCGCAGCUCUCGCCCCCAUCGCGUCGGCGCGCACUUCCUCGUCCUCCGCACCCUCAGCCGCCGCCGCCGGGCCCGCCGUCGCGGAGGCAACGGCGGCCGCUGCAGCUGUUUCUCAGAAAGCUGGAUCCGUCUCCGACGUGCUGAGGCACUACGGGAGGUGCUACUUGGAGCUCUCCAAAGCCCGCCUCAGUGCCCUUGUUGUGGCAACAUCUGGGGCUGGUUAUGUUCUCGGAAGCGGCAGCAUGGUAGACAUGGCUGGACUUUGUUGCACCUGCGCCGGUACCAUGAUGGUUGCAGCGUCUGCAAAUACUCUCAACCAGGUGUUUGAGAUAAAGAAUGAUGCUAAAAUGAAAAGAACUAUGCGGCGGCCCCUACCAUCAGGGCGCAUUGGUCCUGGACAUGCUGCCAUGUGGGCUACUAGUAUUGGAGCUGCUGGAACAGCUUUGUUGGCUUGGAAGGCUAAUGGCUUGGCGGCUGGGCUUGCAGCUUCUAAUCUUAUUCUGUAUGCAUUUGUGUACACUCCGUUGAAGCAAAUACACCCUGUAAAUACAUGGGUUGGAGCAGUUGUUGGUGCUAUACCGCCACUUCUAGGGUGGGCAGCAGCUUCAUCUGAAUUGUCACUGAAUGCUAUGAUUCUCCCUGCUGCAUUGUACUAUUGGCAAAUACCACAUUUCAUGUCACUUGCAUACUUAUGUCGGAACGAUUACCUUGCUGGAGGGUAUCGAAUGUUUUCUUUUGCUGAUCCUACUGGUAAAAGAACUGCAUGGGUAUCACUCAGGAAUUGUCUAUACAUGCUGCCCUUGGGAUUUUUUGCAUAUAACUGGGGUCUCACAUCUGAGUGGUUCAGUCUUGAAGCAUCACUUCUAACAUUAGGCCUUACAAUUGGAGCUCUAUCAUUUAUGCUGGAACCAAACCCCAAAAAUGCAAGGAGAAUGUUCUAUGGUAGCCUUUUGUAUCUUCCUGCAUUUAUGGCUGGACUUCUGUUACAUCGGCUGCCUAACGAACAAAAGGAGCAUAAUGUCACUCAGACAAGUGAAAUGACUGGAAUUCUUUAUGGCGCGGAGCAGCAGGAUGAAGAAAGAGCGAGACAGAAGCGUGAAGACCGAAAACCAUCUCAUGUUCACUCGCGCCCUCCAGUUGCCUAUGCUUCUGUUGCCCCUUUUCCUUUCCUACCAGUACCUGUAUAUGUAUCUCCCCAAGGUGAGCUAUGAUUAUAUACUUGGACUAGACUUGUGGAUGCAAUGUCGGUCCAUCUUUUUUGGCUUCUAAAGGAAAUUUCCUGAUCAAUGUACUUCCUCUGUCCUUGAUGCUGAUUUGAUAUGAAAAUAAUGAACUAGGAAUUUAACUUUUGGGCUCACCUGAUUGUAAAAUUUAUAUCCAUUUACAUUUUGAUGUCUUCAGUAACAGGAAUACAUACACUUUCACAGAUAAUCUGCAUUUUUUCAA